AUGCUGAAGCUAAUCGUCCGCAUGUGCUUUUCCUGCUAUAUUACUUGGGCAUUUCAAGAACUUCAUGGUCUUGUAUAGUUAGGAUGCUUGCAUAAAGUUUUUUUUCAUAUCCACUGUUGUAGCACACAAAUAUCACUGUCCUCAAUCAUGUCCUCAUAUGUCAAGCUGGUUGGAAAUCCAUAUAACAGAGCUGGGUAUUGCCUGUGUGGUGCACCAUGCUCCAAGUUAGCCCUCACCAAGCAGGUCGAGGCUUACAAUAACACUGUUCAUAUUUGGAUGCAGACUAAGAAAUGCACUGGUAUGACAAUUUGGGACUUCAAAGACAAGUCAGUGCGAACGAUGGCUCUGGUGAGGCUUGUCUCUACUAUGAUGACUGAAGUGCAUGUCUUGAAUACCUAACCGAGGUGGGGCUGGCGAGAAGGAAGAGGAGUCUGAGACUUUG